AUGUCUGAUGUCGAUAUUAUUGUCAUUGGCUCCGGCCUAAGUGGUCUGGCUUUCGCUAGAUUCUACCUCGAUAUUCAUCCAGAGGCGAAUCUGCUUAUUCUCGAACAGGACUGUUGCCUUGGUGGUGUCUGGAGCUCAAAACGUUCAUACGAUGAAUUCUGGUGUCAAAGUGGCCGUCGAAUGUCUGGAUUCUCCGAUGUCCCUCUCUCGGUUCCUGAAGAUGCGCCCUUAUAUUAUGACACCUUCAAGGCCAAAUACGUUACCAAGUAUCUCGGGGAAUAUGCGCAUAACCAUAGUUAUAAUGGGGAAACUCUAUUCUCAAGGAUAUAUUUCAACCACAGUGUUGACGGGAUCGAUAAAGCAGAUGACAUAUGGCAGGUCACAAUAACAUAUCAAAAACCUCUCCUAAAAAGCUCGCUGCUCACUUGGAGAUGCCCUAAGCUUGUUGUUGCUACUGGUCGUACUUCUUUCCCUAAGAUGCCUUCCUUCGCUUAUGAUCCUCUACUUGAUAUUGGCCCUAUUCGUCAUCAUAAAUAUUUUGGAGCGUUGUCGCAGGCACGAAUACCAUGGACCGGCAGCAUAAGACACGUCAUAAUACUUGGUGGCGGCAAGUCUGCUGCGGAUAUGGUCUACGAGUCAGUCAAAAAGGGUCAAAAAGUCAGUUGGAUUAUCCGAAAAAGUGGCGAAGGUCCAGCUCUACUCUUUCCUGCUCCUGGGCAUGGUCGAUACAAGAAUUCGGUUGAAAGUUCAGCAACCAGAAUGAAAGCAUUUUUCAGUCCAUCUCCAUUCAUGCAAAAUUCUUGGUGGUUUUCUUUAAUUCGUGCCAUUUGUUAUAGAACUCGUAUUGGAAUAAACUACAUGGUUAAGAGAAUAGACACUGUUAAUCAAUAUUGUCGAAAUAUGGCAGGGUACGAAACUAGACCAGGGGCAUUACCAACGUUCCGACUCCUUGAUUUUACUACUUCUGCAUUCUGGUGUACCGGACCAGUGGGACUUGUUCAGCACGAUGAUUUCUGGGAUACAAUAGCCAAGAAUGUUCGCAUUUAUCGCAACGACGUUAUUUCUUACAGAGACAAUAUCAUAACCUUGGACGAUGACACUGAGCUCUUCGCGGAUGAGUUUCUACUGGGCACAGGCUGGGAUACUAAACAUAGGAUGUUUUCCCCAGCACUCGGUCAAUCUUUAGGCCUUCCGCACUUUCCCGUAGUGCAAAAUCAAAAAGAAACGGAUUUAUGGAAGCAACUUCAUGAAGAUGCAGACCGUCAAGUAAUCGCCAACUUUCCAUUACUCAAACAUCCCCCUCCUCACCGAGAACCCAGUCCCUCUACGACAACAACACAAAAACUAUACAAAGGCAUCGCACCACUUGAAGACCCCUCAAUUGCAUUUCUAGGAGCCAUAGACAUUUCCAAUUCUUUUCGCGCCGCGGAAACACAAGCUAUCUGGACAACGGCAUACUUCGACGGCAACAUCAAUCUACCUCCAUUGGAACAGAUGCAAAAAGAAGUUGCGUACAUGCAUGCCUUCUCGCAACGAAGAUAUCCCACUCGCGGCCAAAAAGGAGAUUGUUUCUUCUUCGAGCUUGUUUGGUAUACGGAUGCUUUGCUUCAUGAAGUGGGCUUAAGCUCACACCGCAAAGGAUGGUGGGCUGACUUGGUGGAGCCGUGUCUUGCAUCGGAUUUGAAGGGCAUGAAAGAUGAAUAUAAGAAGAAGUAUGGACUGUAA